AUGAAUCGCCACGCUAUGUGUUCGACUAAUGCACAGUUACCAUACGACGAGGUGUCGCACGAGAUCGACGGUAACAUUUUAACCGUUAAGUUACCCAAAGAUGGACGUCGCGUUCAAGCCGUUCAAGACGGACAAACUGCCGAACCUUGCAAGAAAGGCUGUCCAAAAAUCCACGUGAUGCACAAUCAGGCACCUACUCCGAAAAGACCAGAGGAAGAAAUGUUAUUUCUCAAGACAACGAGACAAAUCACUCCUACCGACGAUUUGAAGCACAGUCUUGAAGUGGAAUUUAAGUCACCGCGAAAUUACAUUCCGUUACCGGAACCAGGGCCUCCCCCACCCAUAAUUAUUCCGAAAGAACGUGUUAUCGUGAGGAAACUUGAUAAGAGAAAAGCAAGAAAAAAAAAAGUGAAACAAAAAAGAUAA